GAGGGACCCAUUAGUAAAUCUCAGGUGUGUAAAUUAGCUUUGGGUUAGAAAUACAUGAACAAGUUUUUUGCUCUCUCAGUAAGUUGAGUAACCCAAAACAUCCAAAGCUUAUUGCAUUUCCUAUAAAAGAAGCAAAACAAAACAUAUGCAUUUUCAGAUUGAGUGGCUUUUAUUGUCAUUGAUAUUGGAGAUCUGUUUAUGAUGUGUAUGCAUUUAUUUUCCUCACUGAAUCAUCUAAGGAUAAGAUGUGAUGUCUGCACAAAAGGUCCACCUGAAAUGCUGAAUGUAAUGGAUGAUAUAGGAGCUUUUAUGCAGGUUUUUGCUGAACAUUAUGAACAAGGCUGCCUUCUGUAUAGCGUAUAUGAUGAUGGCAUCUCUGACAGCCAUAAACCAGUCAAAUACAAGAGGAAACCGGAUGUCAAGAUAUUCAUUAGUAAAAUUAGGGAACAGUUUCAGAAGUUUACAGCUAGUGAUAACCUCUGGUGGCAAGGUCUUGCUCGAAUUUUAGAAGAUAAAGGAUUUAUCAAGGAGGGAGAUGAGAUGGUCCAUGUUCAGAUAAAAUAUCCAGAGCCAACAAAACUGGGAUUGGAAUGGUUGCAACAAAAUAAGAUGGAGCAGCCCUCCUAUGUUUAUCCUGAAGCAGAUAUGCUGCUAUCAAUGGAAAACCCUAAGCCAUACUCAAGUUUCUCAGAAUGGGGAAAAGGAUGGGCUGAUCCUGAGAUUCGUCGGCAAAGACUAACAAGGAAUAAUAGAGUUGGGAGGAAGAAAAAGAAGAGGAAAUCAAGCAGUCACCGCCCAGAUUCAAAGGUACUGAGGAGGUUAGCUUCACACUCUAAACGAAGAUGAUCAUUAAUCUGCCAAAUAAAUUGAUUUCUUUUUGGCAUAUGGCAUAUUCAUACUGGGUGAAAAGUAGGAAAACAAAAUGCAGACAAUUUUGU